AUGGAUAAACGUGGGAAACGGCACCAUUCGUCGGAUUCUGACAGUAUCGAAGAAAGUCGAUUAAAAGAUUUGAAGGAACGAGACGAAUUUGCUAGGAGACUUAAGAAACGGGAUGAAGAGAAAACUAAGAGAGUAACUGAGAAAUCCAGCAAACGAUCCUACGAAGAAGCCGCUAAACGUCUAAAAUUAGAGGCUGAAGACAGAGAAAAGUUAUUGCCAAAACUGCGUGUCCAAUCUCGAAGGAAAUAUUUACAAAAGAGAAAAGAUGAUAAAGUUGUUGAACUUGAAGAUGAUAUUGCAGAUGAUGAAUAUUUGUUUGAAGAGAGUAUCUUAACAGAAAGAGAAAAGAAAGAUAGGGAACAUAAAAAAACCAUAUUGAAAUUAGCAAAAGAACAUGAAAAAGCAAGAGAACUUGAGAAUAUUCAAAGGUAUCAUAUGCCACGAGACCUUGGCAAGGGUGAGAAAGGUGAUUAUGUUGAAGUGGAUGAUAAUGAAAAAUUGCCACAUGCAGAACAGAGAAAAUGGGAACAAGAACAAAUUAAAUCUGCUUUCUUUAAAUUUGGGGCUAAAGAUGCUAAAGCACAAGAUGAAUAUGAGUUACUUCUGGAUGAGCAAAUUGAUUUUAUACAAGCUUUACAACUUGAAGGGAAUAAAGAGAAAAGUGAAACCGAAGAGGUUUCUGAAUUUAAAAAACUUAGAAUGUCCAUAGAAGAGACAAAGAAAUCAUUACCCGUGUAUCCCUUUCGUGAUUCUUUAAUUGAAGCAAUUAAGAAUUAUCAAAUCCUCAUUGUUGAGGGUGAAACUGGCUCAGGAAAAACUACUCAAAUUCCUCAAUAUCUUCAUGAAGCUGGCUUCACAAAAGAUGGCAAAAAAAUUGGGUGCACCCAACCAAGAAGAGUAGCAGCAAUGUCUGUAGCAGCUAGAGUCGCACAAGAAAUGAAUGUUAAACUUGGUAAUGAAGUUGGCUACAGCAUUCGAUUUGAAGAUUGUACAUCAGAUAGGACUGUUAUAAAAUAUAUGACAGAUGGUACAUUGCACAGAGAGUUUCUUUCUGAACCUGAUCUUGCAUCAUACAGUGUUAUGAUCAUUGAUGAAGCACAUGAAAGGACACUCCAUACAGAUAUUUUAUUUGGCUUAGUAAAAGAUAUAACCCGGUUUAGACCAGAUUUGAAGCUUCUCAUAUCCAGUGCUACAUUAGAUGCAGAGAAAUUUUCUAAUUUCUUUGAUGAAGCACCUAUAUUUAGGAUACCUGGUAGAAGAUUUCCUGUUGAUAUUUAUUAUACAAAAGCACCUGAGGCAGAUUAUAUUGAUGCAAGUGUUGUAUCUGUGUUGCAAAUACAUGCCACACAACCACUGGGUGAUAUUCUCGUUUUCCUUACUGGUCAAGAAGAAAUUGAAACUUGUGUUGAAAUGUUACAAGAAAGGACUAAGAGGCUAGGAAAAAAAUUAAAAGAACUUUUAAUUCUUCCUGUGUAUGCAAAUCUUCCUAGUGACAUGCAAGCAAAAAUAUUUGAGCCUACACCUGAAGGAGCUAGAAAGGUGGUUUUGGCAACAAACAUAGCAGAAACAUCACUUACAAUAGACAAUAUAAUAUAUGUUAUUGAUCCCGGUUUUGCUAAACAAAAUAAUUUUAAUUCAAAAACGGGCAUGGAGAGUCUCAUGGUAGUGCCUAUCUCAAAAGCAUCAGCCAAUCAAAGGGCAGGCAGAGCUGGUAGAGUUGCGCCUGGAAAAUGCUUUAGGUUGUACACAGCUUGGGCUUACAAGUAUGAACUUGAAGAUAAUACCGUUCCAGAAAUACAGAGAAUAAACUUAGGGAAUGCAGUACUUACAUUGAAAGCUUUAGGAAUCAAUGAUUUAAUACACUUUGAUUUUCUAGAUCCCCCUCCUCAUGAAACAUUAGUGUUAGCAUUAGAACAAUUGUAUGCUCUUGGUGCUUUGAAUCAUCAUGGAGAAUUAACUAAAGCAGGUAGAAGAAUGGCUGAGUUUCCAACUGAUCCAAUGCUUGCUAAAAUGCUAUUAGCCAGUGAAAAGUACAAAUGCUCUGAAGAAAUCGUCACAAUUGCAGCAAUGUUGUCUGUCAACAGUUCUGUAUUUUACAGGCCAAAAGAUAAAAUAAUACAUGCUGACACAGCAAGAAAAAACUUCUUUCAUCCGAGUGGAGAUCAUUUGACACUUAUGAAUGUCUACAACCAAUGGGCUGAUUCCGAAUAUUCUGUGCAGUGGUGUUAUGAAAACUUCAUACAAUAUAGAUCUAUGAAACGAGCCCGUGAUGUACGGGAUCAGCUUGCUGGGUUAAUGGAGAGGGUGGAAAUUGAUAUGGUAUCCAGUAAAGCAGAAGAUUCCAAUAUACGUAAAGCAAUUACCGCAGGGUAUUUUUACCACAUAGCAAAAUUUUCCAAAGGCGGUCACUAUAAAACAGUCAAACAUAACCAAACUGUUAUGAUACAUCCAAAUAGUGCAUUGUUUGAAGAGCUACCAAGAUGGGUUAUUUAUCACGAACUUGUGUUUACCUCAAAAGAAUUUAUGAGGCAAGUUACUGAAAUAGAAAGCAAAUGGCUCUUAGAAGUAGCACCUCACUACUAUAAAGCAAAGGAACUAGAAGAUUCAACUAACAAGAAGAUGCCAAAGAUUGUUGGUAAAUCUGCUAAAACAUAA